GAGAAAUGCUGCGCUUCCUGUCCGCCCCCGUCGCCCGCGCCGCGCAGAAGUCCACGCUGCAGCAGCGUUCGCGUGCCCUGCAGAUCGUAGCGCGUCGUCCGGCGGCGCCCACGCGCAGCUUCACGUCCACGCGCUCGCGCCUGAACGCUGAGAAGCCGGGCCCGCAGGCGACUCCGGAGGGACAGAAGGCCCCGGACGCGCUGGUGCUCACGCCCUAUGAGAAGGUGACGGCCACCGCCACUGGCGGCUUCUGGCUCGGCCUCAUCGGUCUGGGCGCUGUCGGCGUGUACUUCGUGGCCCGUGAACUGCUGCCCAACCGUAUGAGCCCCAACGGCCUCUUCAGCGAGUCGCUGGACUUCCUGUCGGAGAACACGGACGUGACGUCGCGUCUGGGCCUGCCGAUCCACGGCUACGGCCACGACCACGGUGGCCACCGCGAAGGCCGCCGUAACCGCAUCGAGCAUGUGAACCUCAAGGCCAAGGACGGCACCCCGCGUCUUCGCAUCAAGUACAACAUCAAGGGCCCCACGGGCCACGCCUACGUGUUUGCUGAGGUGAACCAGGACAUGAAGAAGAACGAGUACGUGUACCUCAUCGUGCAGGUAACCAAGACCGGCGAGCUGCUCAAGAUCGUCGACAACCGACAGAUCCUUUCGGCUGAGUCCAAGGAGGAACAGGAUGCUCUGCGCCAGCUGCUCGGCAAGUAGGCAACCCGCUCACGUGGCAUGAGAGGAACCCGAGCUGCUUCAGAACGUGAAGCAGGACUUAAACGAAGGAACCCUACUCUUUCCAUUGGGGUGGGGUAUCUGGUAGCCUGUGCACGAGUUGUUCUGUCUUGUAUCGCCCUCUGCGUCGAGCCGGUGGGUGGGUGAUGUCUACUUAUUGGAGCCUGCUAUUGCGUGCUGGUAAUAACAAUUUCUAAAGUAGCUAACAGAGCGUACAUGCUACUCAUCAU